AUGUCAAGCACACGAGGUUCAGUCUCCGCUCUUGUAGGGGGCAAGCCCCUUGCAGCUCCUGCUGCAGCAGAAGAGCGCAGCAGCAGCAGUAGCAGCAGCAGCAGCAGCAGCAACAUGAAGAGCAACGGGAAGAAGAGCCACCACCACCACAAGAAGCGGCGUCGCAGCAGCAAGCACGGCCGCCGCCACCGCAGCAGCAGCAGCAGUAGCAGCAGCAGCAGUAGCAGCAGCAGCAGCAGCAGCGAGGGGGAGCAGCAGGAAGAGCUGCCGUUCUUUAUGAUGGAUUCGACAAUUCGCGCUGCUGUUGCAGAGAGGAAGCGGCAGCAGAAGCAGCAAAAGAAAGAAGCAAAACGCAUGCAAAGAGCAGCAAAAAAAGCAGCAAAAAAAGAAGCAAAGCGCCUGAAGAAAUUAGAGAAGAAGCGAAAGAGGGAGGAAGCAGCAAACAGCAGCAGCAGCAGCAGCAGCAGCAGCAAGAAACGCAAGAGAGAAAAAGAUACAAGCAGCAGCAGCAGCAGCAGCGACGAAGAUGAUAGCCGCAGGAGCAAAAGCCCCCGUCCACACAAACAGAAGGCUCACAGCAGCUGCAGCAGCAGCUGCCUCAGCACCAGCUGCAGCAACAACAGCAGCAACAGAAGCAGCAGCAGCGGAAUGCCAGAGGAGCAGAAGGGUGGCCCGAGCUGCAUCAGUGUGCUGCUGCUGCUGCGGCUGCAGCAGCAGCAGCGCGGAAGCCACGGCGGUGUUGGCGUGUCUCGAUCGUUGCUGUGA